AUGCCAACAAUAGGAGCAGGAGUCGAUGCAGAGCUAGAAACACCCCUACAAGAUGAACGAGAGGCUUUGGGAUGCAUGAUUACGAUCUAUAGAAAGCAAUAUAGUCAAAGGCCAAGAAAAUCAAUACGAAAAGGCGCACGCGAUAGCGAUUUCAACCCAGUAGAAGACAGUAUCAUUAUCAUUGUGAGUAAACUUGUGACAACGAGCGUAGCUUAUAACGAUAUCGAUGAACUCAACGAAAGCUUCGAUGACUUGCUCCUCGAUAGCGACGCCGAAACUCCCGAUGGUGCGGACGGCGAUAACAUGUCUCCUGCUGUUGUUCCGGACACUGAUGAAUCCGAUUCCGACAUCUCCGAAGAUGACAAUGACGAAGACGCAGAAAACACUUGGAUCGACGGAGCUGAAAAGCAUGACAGAUGGAGGUUUACCGAGCAUGUUGGGGCUGAUCCAGAGGUGGAUAUCUGUGAGAUGCCGCUCCAGUUUUACGAGUUAUUUUUCUCUGAAGAACUCCUCGCCAUGGUAGCUGAACAGACGAAAGUAUACGGACAAGAAAAGCAUCAUAAAUGGAAUCACACCGAUUCAGAUGAACUGGUCGACUGCUAG